AUGGAAAUAGCCCAACAUUUCAUCCACUCAGAAAGCUUGACAAAUGUCGAAACCGCUGGCCAAGGUCUAGAAUGCUUCGUCUACAAAGCAACAAGUCCAAUUUACGGAUCAGUUGUUCUCAAAAUACCAAGAGUCAAAGUGUACCAAAACGCUAACGACUUCAACGUUGAGGCCAAGGAUCUGAUACAGCAAGAAAUGCACAUAUAUCGUCUUCUUCAAGAUGGGCCGGUUCCUGUGCCCAAGCCGUACAAGUACCUCGAACAAGAUGGAUAUCCGGCCAUGCUGUGCGAAUAUGUGGAUGAUGAUGGAACAAAUAUCACUUUUGAGGAGAUGGGUCGUGUAGCAGCGCUGAUACAUUCUACGUCUCUGAAUGAUGCAGUGUUCAAGACCGUCGCUUUGGAGACCUCGAAUGUCUUCUCGACAAUGGAACAAAGAAUGCAACGGCGCUUUUCCGUGUUGUCAAAGACGGUUACUGAGGCUUCAGCUUGGAUACAAGACUGGGGUCAUAUCCGCGCCAUACUCAACGGCCUGCAGCGGUUUCCAUCGAGCCUUUUACACAUGGACUUUCGCGACGUCAACCUUCGUCACAGCCAAGAUCGCAUCAGUGCAGUCAUCGAUUGGACCAAUACGCUGAUCGGACCAGCAGCCAUCGACAUCUAUCGUACUUUAGAGUUUAGUCAACUCGGAGAGGGUUUUACCAAAGGAUACUCUGAGGUGGCAACGUGUCCUGAAGUAACCGCACAAGAAGAGUGUUUGCUUCGACUGGAUGCUGCGCUUGUGCUGGCGUUGGUAUUUACAUGUGAAGCCCCGGAUCCCAUAAGAGGAGAAUCUGCGGUGACGAGGGUGAAGGAGCUGGCGGAGAGUAUUUUCAAGUAA